UGCUGUCCCGCGACUGAUCCAGAGUGCCCCUCCGGCCCCCAGCCAUGAGGCUCUUCCUGUCGCUCCCAGUUUUGGUGGUGGUUCUGGCGAUGGUUUUGGAAGGCCCAGCCCCCGCCCAGGCGGCCCCAGAAAUCUCCAGCACUUUGGAGCGCAUCCCGGAUAAACUGAAGGAGUUUGGUAACACCCUGGAGAACAAGGCCCGGGCAGCCAUUGAGAGCAUCAAGCAGAGUGACCUUCCUGCGAAGACCCGGAACUGGUUUUCUGAGACUUUCAACAAAGUGAAGGAGCAGCUAAAAACUACCUUCUCCUGAACACCAGGAGAGCCGCCCCCACUCCUCUGGGCUGUGCGCCACCGAAGGAGCUCUGAAAUUUCCCAUGCCCUGGCUCCUGUACCGAGGACUUCAUGAUGCCCAUAUCCACCCCCACCCUCCAAUAAAAAUCCUGUAGAGAAAAAAAAAAAAAAAAAAAAAAA